GCCUUAUAGUAUAUCAACGAUAUACUUUAAAGGAAAAUUUUAUAAAGGUAUCUAACAAUGUAACAAAAUGGCACUAAAAAUAGUCCCAUAAUCAGAAAGGGAAGCACAAAUUUCUAUGUGAGAAAAUGUUGAAGAUAAAAAUCUGUUUUGUGGUAUUGACUAGUUUGUCUAUAUUACUAAGUGCUGCAGAUUCUACGGAGACUGAAGAUAAAUCUAGCAGCCUUCAAGAGGUAUACCGUGCAUUAUUUAAUCGUCUCGAAACUUUCUUAAAAAAUCUUGGAUUAGAAGACACAAAUGUAAACAAACGAGCAUUAAAUAACGAAAUAAAUGACAGGGAUAUUGUUAUUCAAACUUGUGAUAAAACGAAAUCUUGUGGAGAAUCUCGAUACCGAUCGAUAGAUGGCACUUGCAACAAUCUACAGAACCCGUCCUGGGGUGCUGCUAAAGAACCCUUCGUUGUGCUGGUAGCAGAUGCUCGUCCAGAUAGUAUAAACAUAUCUGCACAAGGAAAUUUGUUACCGAACCCUAGAGAAAUAUCGCUUAAAAUAUUUCCUUCAUUAUCUUUUCUGGACUACAAAUGGACGCUCAACACAAUGCAGUGGGGACAAAUUGUAGCUCAUGAUAUUUCUCUGACAGGCAGUACAUCACUUAUUAAUACUCCCAGCCCAACAUGCUGUAACAAUGAAGGGGAGUUUACAUCGGAAGCUGAUAGUAAUAAAUUUUGCGCUGCCAUACCAAUACCGAGAGGCGUGGAUACAAGACAAUGUUUUGAUUUUGUUAGAACUGUAACUACAAACGAUACAGGAUGUACAGCGCCGACCGCUCCUUCUUACCCGAUAAAUGAAAACACCUGUUACAUGGACCUAUCAUUGAUAUACGGCGUUAAUGACAACCAAUCGAAAUCGUUGCGUGAAGGCAAAGGAGGUCGAAUGUUAACUGUUGAGCGCAACGGAGGCGAAUGGCCUCCUCAGGCUGCAAAUGCUCAAGAAACAUGCACACCCACCAUACCUGCUAACGAUACUUGCUAUGUAGCUGGUGAUUCUAGAAUUAACCAAAAUCCAGAAUUAGCGGUACUUCAAAUCAUUUUGUUGAAGGAACACAAUCGCAUAGCUGGUAUACUAUCAAAGUUGAAUGGACAAUGGAACGACGAUAAAAUUUAUCAGGAAACACGACGCAUUGUCAUAGCUAUGUCUCAACAUAUUACCUAUUACGAAUAUCUUCCAAUAUUACUUGGUCGAGAUAAUAUGCUAAAAAAUAAAAUAAUUUACGAAGAUCCAAAAGAUUACAUAAAUGAUUACAAAGCAGAUAUAAGUGCUGGCGUAACAAAUGAAUUCUCUACUGCAGCGUACAGAUACUUUCAUACGCUAAUACGAGGGAAACUGGAAAUUGUGAAAGAAAACCGCAUAUUGCAGCGUACUAUAAGAUUAAGCGAUUGGUAUAAUCGACCUUCUGUAAUCGAAGAACCUGAUGCUUUUGAUGGCCUAGCGAGAGGCUUGUCGUAUCAAUCUGAAGAUAGAGCUGACCAAUAUUUUGACGCAGAAACCAGUCAAUAUCUUUUAAGAGGAAACAAUACCAAAGGUAGUGAUCUGCGAGCUAUUGAUAUUCAACGCGGACGUGAUCACCGUCUCGCUAGCUACGUCGCUCUCCGACGCUUCUGCGGACUUUCCGAGCCGAAGACGUUUGAUGACUUGAGUGUAGAUAUUUCAAGAACUAAUAUAGCAAUGCUGAAAUCAUUAUACAAAUCAGUAGACGACAUAGACCUUACCGUGGGUGGGUCAUUAGAGAAGCAUGUCCCCGACGCACUGAUGGGACCAACUUAUCUUUGCAUUUCGCUGAUACAGUUCUACAAAAUUCGUGUCGGAGAUAGAUUCUUUUAUGAAAAUGGCAGCAAUAUGAAUAUCGCUUUUACACCGAGUCAACUAGCUACGAUUCGCAAAGGAACUUCUUUGGCUCGUCUGAUCUGUGAUAAUGGAAUAAAUAUAAAGAGUAUGCAGCCCAGAGCAUUCGAACUGGUGUCUCCCAAGAAUAAAAUAGUUCCAUGUGAUAGCUUACCAUCAGUGGAUUUGAGUCUUUGGAAAGAAUAAAAACAAAAGAAGACCGUCGAAAAUAAAUAAAACACGAAUGUUUUUUUUUAAUAAUAAUUAUAAAAUUAAUUAAUCAAUAUUCUCUUGAGCAGUAUCUAUGGUACAAUGAUUAAAUAAAAUUCGUUUUUUAGAGAGA